AUGGCCGCGCGUGUCCGCCGGCUGGGCCCGGAGGGAGACUAUCGCCGGACGCUGCGCCAGGCAGUGUCGAGCAGGCAGUGUCGAGCAGGCAGUGUCGAGGUGGCCAUGUCGAACAGGCAGUGUCGAACAGGCAGUGUCGAGGUGGCCAUGUCGAACAGGCAGUGUCGAGUAGGCAGUGUCGAGCAGGCAGUGUCGAGGUGGCCAUGUCGAACAGGCAGUGUCGAGGUGGCCAUGUCGAACAUGCAGUGUCGAGCAGGCAGUGUCGAGGUGGCCAUGUCGAGCAGGCCGUGUCGAACAGGCAGUGUCGAGAUGGCCAUGUCGAGCACGAGGCCGAGCCGGACAGGUGGCCGCCUCGUACCGCCGGCGCGACUGAACGCCCCGUCAUCCCUCGCGGCUGAGUGCGGCCAGGAGGCGCAGACGGUGCGUGAUGAGGCGAUGAUCGUGUGCGGCGCAGACACGCCUCCCUACUCCAGCCCCGAGUCGCGGCUGGGAGACCUGGACCUCUUGCCGAGCAUCCCCAAGUGCGGAGGCUGCGACCAGCUGAUCCUGGACCGCUUCAUCCUGAAGGUGCUGGACCGCGCGUGGCACGCCAAGUGCCUCAAGUGCAGCGAGUGCAGCGGCCAGCUCAGCGACAAGUGCUUCGCGCGCAAUGGCCAGGUGUUCUGCAAAGAGGACUUCUUCAAGCGCUACGGGACCAAGUGCGCGGGCUGCGAGCAGGGCAUCCCGCCCACCCAGGUGGUGCGGCGAGCGCAGGACCACGUCUACCACCUGCAGUGCUUCGCCUGCGUCAUGUGCAGCCGGCAGCUCAACACGGGCGACGAGUUCUACCUCAUGGAGGACCGCAAGCUGGUGUGCAAGCCCGACUACGAGGCGGCCAAGACCAAGGAGAUAGCAGACGGCGGCUGCCUGGACGGAGACCAGCCCAACAAGAGGCCGCGCACCACCAUCACGGCCAAGCAGCUCGAGACCCUGAAGCUGGCCUACAACAACAGCCCCAAGCCGGCGAGGCACGUGCGCGAGCAGCUGAGCCAGGACACAGGCCUGGACAUGCGCGUGGUGCAGGUGUGGUUCCAGAACAGAAGAGCGAAGGAGAAGCGGCUGAAGAAGGACGCCGGCAGGACGCGCUGGAGCCAGUACUUCCGGUCCAUGAAGGGCGGGUCCUCGCCGCGACACGACAAGCUGCACGACAAGGACGACAAGAUGGACCUCGACUCCAACUUCAGCCACACGCACGACCUGAACAGCAACGACAGCUACGGCACGGUGGUGAACCUGGGGCUGGAGCAGGACGGGUCACCGCACAGCAGACCGCCCCACUUCCUGCACGGGCCCGCCACGCCGCCCUACCUGUCCAGCCACUCGCCCGCGCCGCCUGCCUUCCCGUACGGCGGGGAGCAGCUCGCUGUCUACACCACUCUAGGUCAGGGGCCGCCUCCCGGGCACCUGCCCCCGGGACACCCCGCCCUCGCCAGCGGGCCCUCGUCGGACCUCAGCAACAGCAGCAGCGCGCACGGCUACCCGGACUUCCCGCCCAGCCCCGACUCCUGGCUGGGGGACGUGCCCCCGGGGGCCGGCCAGAGCUACUGA